GUUAUGGCCACACUGUUCCUCUCUCAGAUGAAGGGAAGGCCUUCUGUAUCUUCUACUCCCUCUUUGGCAUCCCUGUCACCCUCUUCUUCCUCUCUGUUGUGGUGCAGAGGAUUAUGGUCCUUGUAUCUCGACGUCCAGUGUCCUACUUCCACCGUCGAUGGGCUAUGUCUAAAUCAAUGCUAGCCACCAUACACGCUACCUGCCUAGGCAUCAUCAUGACCCUGCUCCUCCUCAUCAUCCCUGCGUGGAUCUUUACUAGCCUGGAGAAGGACUGGGGCUUUCUGGAGUCUCUGUAUUUCUGUUUUAUCUCUCUCACAACCAUUGGCCUUGGGGAUUAUGUUCCCGGAGAGACCCACAGUAAAGGGAACAACCCACACCCACAGCUGUACCGGCUGGCCAUUACAGUCUACUUGCUGCUUGGCUUAGUGUGUGUCCUGGUUGUGCUGGAGACGUGUUGCGAGCUUCCCCAGAUGAGACGCCUCAGACAGAGGUUCUACCAAGAAAACAUUCGAGAGCUGGACUCUGAGACCACCAACAUCAUCGACAGGGAUCACAUGACCGACCAGCUGACCGAACCCUCGGAUCAUGUGGCAGACCACUUACCAGCCAUCCCCUCUGUGUCAGAACAGGCUGCGUCCCUACAGCAGGACAGCAAGUCUUACAUGCCAGCAUCAGGAUCUGCCGUUAAUGGAAAACUGAGAUGACAGAGUGUCUGGAUCAUAUUAUUUUUUACUGGUUUAUAAACUUGCGUGCUGCAUUUGUGACUGCUCGGGGCAUACUGGCUUUGACCUCUGUCAAAAUGUUUAUAUAUGAGUAAUAUAUGAGGAGCCUGAGCACAUCUACAUGCAAGCACUUAAAAAGGGAUUGCUUCUGCCACUGCCAACACCAACAGACAUUUGUGGCGUAAAAGCAGGAACCACCCACAGGCUAUCAGGAUGGCAUUGUUUUCUUGUUCUCCCCUGUUGCUCCAUUCCCUGCAGAUAAGAGCCAGAUCUAUGACACAGAGGAAGGGCUUGGCCCCCAAACGGAGGGAAACCUCACAAGGUUCCACUUCCUGCCAAAGUCUUGAUGCCGUAAUUCCAAAGCAGUGUGCUCUAGAGGAUUUCACACUAGCUCUUAGUACAUUAUAUCAUUUAUGGCGGUAUUUGCAUAGGAAAUUUGCCUUCUUGGAAGUAAGAAGGCCAUACCAGGACAAUCAGGCAUACCAUCAGUCGGCCUGUUGUACAUUAUGUGCAAAGAUUCCAAGAAGACGAUGAAGUCAUGGCAACAAAAAAACAUUUCUUCCUGGUUGCUUACAGGUGGCCUUCAGUUCCUGAUACCAUGUUGAAAGACAUUCAGUCUUCGGUGCACCUAGCUAAAAGUAAUACAGUCAUAUAAUACACACAAUAGCACACUCCAAAAGCAAUAAAUUCUACCUACAUGAAUGUUACUGUAUAAUGAGUAUAAUUUAUAAGAGAGGUGCUUAACUUUAUGAUAAUUUUGCGGCUGCAGUUUGUGGUGCUGGUGCUCUAUUGCAUUAUUCAGAGAGGUGGGUGGACAAAAAAAAAAAAAAAAUAGAAUCCUGUUAGUGUAACACAAUUCAACAGCACCACAAACUGCUGCCUUCAUAAUGACCCUAGAGUUGGAUCAAUACCUCUCUAAAACAGGUUCAACAAAAUGGAACAUUAUCACCUUCAUAAAAGGAGGUUUUAUAGCAAUUGUACAAUUUGUAUUAGACUGCAUUAGUUUUAGCUAGAUGCACCUCAUAAACUGGCAACUUAAUAUAUUUUAUUGGGGUAAUCAUACUGCAAUGUGUGCCCUUGUACCACUAGAGGGCAGCACUUUCAUUGAAAUACAAACAAUAGAUUUACAUGCAGUUAUUUGUUACUGGGAAUGCUGUGUAGAGGAGUUUUUCUUAAAAAUGUAAUUAUGCAGCAAGAAUAGGUAAUUGUUACAGGUUAGGGUGAGUUUUUAUUUUCCAUAUAUUUAGUCAUAGCGGUCCCAGUUUACAGGUGUGCUAAACUAAAUGUGCAGUAUAUGACGUUUUUAUGUCUAAAUUGUUUACUCACUAGCAAAACAGCUUAAAAAAUUGGUUUAAAUCAUGUCUUCCAAAAAUCAUGUUUAGGGUUUUAACAAGGAGCAGAACUUUGUAAUGGUAGUUUUUAUCAAAUGCAAAUAAAUCAU